AAAACUCAAAUAUUUGGAUUUCUCAAAAAAAUCUAAGAUCGGUUUAUAACUCAGCUGAGAUUAAAUCUUGAGAUACCUUCUUAGUAGUCUCAAAUCUUAUCUUACCUCUCAAAUAUGGCGAUCAACAACAGAUCACAACGUCGUCGCCGCCGGCAUCGUCAGCGUAUAGCGUAUAACAGACUCGUGGAUCGCGAAAAUCCAUUAGAAAAUUUGUGUGAAGUAGAGGUGUUUAAGAGGUACCGAUUUAGGCCUGAUACAGUUCUUUAUAUCACUGGUUUGCUCGCCCCUUCUCUUACACACGAAACUCUGAGGAGUUGCGCUCUACCACCCCUUCUUCAAGUCCUCGUAACACUGAGGUUUUUAGCGACUGGUGGGUUUUACUCGCUGAUUUCGGACACCUUUUCCUCUAUUUCCCCACCUUCCAUAUGCAGAGCAGUAAGAGACGUGUGCCGUGGUUUGUGCUGGGUGGCAAGGCAAUUUAUCAACAUGCCGACAGGUCCAAGAAUGGUACAAGUGAAACAAGAAUUUUUUGCCAUUGCAGGUUUCCCAAAUGUUCUGGGAUGUGUUGAUGGGACCUUCAUCAAACUACAAGCACCAUCACAGAAUGAACCAGACUAUGUGAAUAGGAAAGGAUAUCAUUCUCUUAAUGUGCAGGUAUUCUGUGCUUUUAACAUUAGCAUAUUCAUGGAUCAUAUUCGAUUUCACAACACAACACAGUAUGGACAAUACAAAGGUUUCCUUCUUGGUGACUCAGGAUACCCCUGCAAGCCCUAUCUUAUGACGCCAUAUCCUGUUCCCUCUACUCCAGCAGAAGUCAAAUUCAACAACUGCCAUGCUAAAACAAGAGUUCUCAUUGAACAGACUUUUGGAAUUCUUAAGAAACGAUUUUCAUGUUUGUCCACUGGCCUACGCACAACUCCAGACAAGGCAUGUAGUAUCACUUUGGCCUGUGCAGUCUUGCACAACAUUGGUAUUGAAAGAAAUGAUAUCUUAGAUGUAGACGAAUUAUUUGUAAACCAGGAGGAUGUUAGUUUUGAUGUUGGGGAUCAAAGAGAUGGCAAACAUGUUAGGGAUUAUAUUUGUCAGGCAUUUUUUUCUUGA